AACUGAUGCAUUGCAUGUAAAGCUGUAAAAAGCAUGCAUACCGGGUCCUGGAUUACUCAUCACAUGUGAACGUUCCUGCUCUCAAAUAUAAUCUCUUUUUGGGGGCACAACUUUAUACAGAAGAGCUCAAGAAGAAGUAGAAGAAACUCAUUUCUCUUAAAUAAGAGGGCAGUGGUUAACAUGGAAUGGACAAGCUAACAACAACCAAGAUUGUUAAAGUUGAGGGGGGAUCUGGAGGAUCUGGAAAAGAAAUCCAGAAACAUACAGAAACUGUGACGACUACAAGACUGACAUCUCUACCGCCAAAAGCCCACAGCGGCCAGCAGAUACUGACCUCCAUCGGGAACGGCUCAGGAUCUGCAGGAGGAGCUGUUUUGCUGGAGAAGAAGUUCAUCACUCACAGCAGCGCUGAAGGAGGAGCUUCCAGGAGUUAUGUCAUAUCAUCCUCCUCAUCUGGAAGUUCAGCCAGCAGCAGCUCAGGAGCAGGAUCUGUGAUCAGUGGAUUUGACGGUAUAUCUGGCGAAAUCAGUGUAACCGGACCGAUCACUAGCUCUACGGUUAAAAGCUCUACAUCUGCAGUUAAAAGCUCUAGCGUGGUCUCUACCUCCAUCACAUCCUCGUCAGCCGCAGGCGGAGAGCUUUCCUCUGGAUACGGCUCCAUCUCCUCAUCCUCCUCCGAGUUCGUGUCUGGUUCCUCAGGAGGAUCCAUCAGUACUUCUGAAGGCAGCAUGAGUAAAUCUAGAAGCGGUGGAGGAUCAUCUGCAGUCAUGUCUGGCGAAGGAACAUCCAGCUCCAAGACUGUGUCCAAAUUCAGCUCCUCGUCCCCUAGUGGAACAAGGAAAGGUUUGAGUUACAGCACAGUUCCUACUGAGAGGAAGACCAUUAUGAACAUUACCACAGGAGGAUAUGAGGGGAGCUCCAGUGGCAAUUCCUCCCCUGAGUACAUAAAGAAAGAGUACGUUUCCACUAGCAGUGCUGCCACCAGAGGGCGCACUCAAACACGAGAGAGUGAGAUCAGAGCCAGACUGCAGAGCGCCUCGCCCUCCGCUAGAUGGACAGAGUUGGAUGAUGUGAAGAGAUUACUGAAGGGAAGUCGCUCUGGGAGCAUCAGUCCACCACGUUCUCCCACCAGCACUCUCCCUAUCCCCAAAAAAGCCAGCAUUGACGUACGCCACGAGAGCCAGUCAGGCUUUGAUGGCACAGUUUUGGAUGCUGGAUUCAGUGGAUAUUACACCAAUCCCAACAAUCUCAGUUACACCACAUUGCAACAACCAUCAUCACCCACAGGCGGCAUGCAAAACAAUCUGACCCUCAGUUCAUCUGCCCUUGAUACUACAGUGUAUGGGAUGCAGAAUAACCUGUCUACAUCUGGCGGUGCUAUGAUGGCUAAUGGAAGGUGCACUGGCUAUGUGUAUGGGGUCCCGAAAAAUGUUGGCAGCGCUGGAUUGGCCACUACUAUUUCUGCUAUUCCAAGCAGUCCUAUCACCGCUGAUGACGUGUUUAUGAAAGAUGGCAAGUUAAUUGCGAUUGGGAAGGAAAAUGUAGCGGCUAAGACAGAGACCGAGAGGCUGAUCAUGUCCAAAAACACUGGCAAACAGUUCGUCCCUUCAUCCUUCAAUGCUGGAGCAGACACGUUUUCUGAAGAUUCACUCAAGAGGGAGAAAAAGAUGAUCUCGAGCGCCACAGAUCCACAGACCACCACCAUUACUGGUUCCAAAUCCUCAACAAAAAACAAAGCAACAUAUGCAGAUAUUCGUAAAGAUGAUUCCGACGGCGCUGGAUGUGGAUUCUGGACGUGUUGCUCGUGGUGGAAAUGGCUUCUGGCUUUGUUAUUUGCUCUUCUCCUUCUGCUGGGACUCCUCUGUGGACUGAUCGCACUAGGUGAGCAGCUGAGGAGGCUGAAGGCUCGUGUGGAUGCUAUCGAUGGUGGAGGAACCUCUCCUCGAACCAGCGGUUUGAAAACUGACGACAUUCCUGGGGUCCAAUCUGGUAACACGAUAAACCUGGGUUAUGAACCUGCUGGGCAAGAUUCGUUGAUCCUGCAGAGAGCUAUCCUGAGAGAGCUGCAGUCGGACACCAUCAGAGCAUCGCUGGCAACUUCGCUCAGGGGAGAGAGAGGAGAACCUGGACCUAAAGGAGACCAAGGGCCUCCUGGAGUUAAAGGUGAUUCAGGAUUUCCCGGGAUUCCAGGUCCUCCUGGUCUUAUUGGUCAUCCUGGACAGGAAGGCCCUCGAGGACCCAAAGGGAGCGCAGGUGAAUCAGGAAGUGAUGGUUUACCUGGACCGAGGGGUCGUGAAGGUCCAGCGGGUCCCAGAGGAGAACCAGGACCCCCAGGAAUUGGGGAGAAAGGAGAGAAAGGCUCAUUUGGUGAUGUUGGCGCUCCUGGGAUAGCAGGACCACCAGGACCCGUAGGGCCCAAAGGUGAUGCAGGUGCACAAGGAGUACCGGGACUUACAGGAGCACCUGGACCCCAAGGCUUCCGCGGAGAUUCUGGUGAUCCCGGACCCAAGGGUGAUAAAGGACCUGCUGGGCCACCUGGGGUCAAAGGUGAUCAGGGAGAGAGAGGACCACGUGGCGCCACUGGUGAGCCGGGUCAGCCUGGACCAGCAGGUCCUCCUGGUGAGAAAGGUCUUAAGGGAUCAACAGGUGCACCAGGACCAGAUGGUGUUAAAGGACUUAGGGGUGACCAAGGACCCGUUGGGUUGCCUGGUGCUCGAGGACCAUCAGGACCUCCCGGAGAUUCAGGAAUACCAGGAACACCAGGACUCCAAGGACCACCAGGACUGCCAGGUACACCAGGCCAACCAGGAGCUAAAGGUGAGGCCGGUGAGCCUGGAAGAGUCAUUUCUGCAGGCGCUAAUGCUAACACGGUGGCUGUAUCUGGACCACCAGGACCUCCUGGAGCUCCAGGUCCUGCUGGUCCACCUGGACUAUCAGGUCCUAUUGGUCCUGCUGGUCUUCCUGGUUCACCUGGUGCAAAGGGAGAUAAAGGAGACAAAGGAGAGGAUGGGAAACCUGGAGUCACUGAGAGUGCAGGGACAGAGAAAUCAGAAGCAGGGGAACCCGGUCCUCCAGGACCACCAGGACCUCCAGGACCACCCGGGGAUGAUGGAAAGCCAGGUGUUGGAGAACCUGGUCCAGCUGGUCCUCCUGGUGAAAAAGGUGAACCUGGAAGCUUUGUACCUACUUCAGAAACAUUCUUUGCUGGACCACCUGGGCCUCCUGGACCUAUUGGACCAAAGGGAUCACAAGGUGAUGUUGGCCCUCAAGGUUUCCCUGGUCAACCUGGAUUACCUGGAGAACCUGGAAUUGGUAUUCCAGGACAGCCGGGAUCACCAGGACCACGUGGAGAGCAAGGUCUUGAUGGUCCACUUGGACCACAGGGACCUCAAGGGCCAAUGGGUCCCAUGGGCCCAGAAGGUCCAAAAGGUGAUGCUGGAGUCCCAGGUGCCCCUGGUAUUCCAGGUUAUUCUUACGGUGGAGGAUCCAGAAGUGCUCCGGGACCACCAGGUCCACCUGGACCCCCAGGGCCUCCUGGAGAACCAGGUUCUCAAGGUGACGGGUCACCGAAUGCUGUUCAACAGAUUUCAGACUACCUCAGAAGUGAGCCCAUUAGACAAUACCUAGCUGGACCUCCAGGCCCGCCUGGACCACCAGGUCCCUCUGGAUCAGCCUCUGAUGAUGCUCUGGCUAGCAGAGUCAUUGAAUAUCUUCAACGAGAUGAGGUGAGACAGUACCUGAUUGGUCCUCCAGGACCCCCGGGACCACCAGGUGUGCCAGGUGGAUAUGGCUUUAACACUCAGGAAGUGGCAGGACGAGUGAUGAGCCUUAUUAACGAUGCUGGUUUUAGAGGUUUACCAGGACCUCCCGGCCCACCAGGACCUCAAGGACCUCCUGGAAACUCUGGAGGACUGGUGUCUUACGCUGCUAACGAAAACCAGCAGCACAUCCGCGCAGAGCCGCAGGAGUACAUCAAGAGCCAUCCAAGGGCUGAUGAGAAUUUGGAUUACACAGCCAUCGCUAAACAGGUUUCAGAUUACAUUAAGGCUCAUGGCCUGUUAAAUGGAAAUGCUGGCUUUCCAGGUGCACCAGGUCGUCAAGGAUAUCCUGGACCACCAGGGUUUCCAGGAGAGCCCGGAACACCAGGACAGCCUGGACCACCAGGACAGGCUGGACCACCAGGACUGCCUGGACCACCAGGACUCGACACUGUACACAAUUACUCCAACAUGACUGCUGUCUUGGACUACAUCAAAGAAAAUCAUAUGAAAGGACAAAAAGGCGACCUGGGAUUUCCAGGAAUUCCAGGAUCCCCAGGUAUUGAUGGUAAACAAGGCAUAGUAGGCUUACCAGGCAUAAAGGGACAAAAAGGAGAAAGAGGUGAAGCAACAUACGUCAACCGAAGGAGGAGGAGGAGCACAGUAAUUUAGGCACACAGCAGUGUGUUUAGCUGGUUUGCAUUAAUACACCAUAUCUUAAUAAGACGUGAUGGGAUAUGAUUACAGAAACAAUAACACAAGACUGCAACACAUGACAAGAUUAGGCUCUCUCUGCACUUGUAUUUUCUAUAUUGUUAGGACUUCUGGUCAAAGGCCAGGGUAGCCGUUUUCCCGCACUAUUAGGCUCUUUUGAAAAUGCAGUUGCGGGUUGUUGAUUUGUGAGCUACUUUCAUACCAUGCCAUGGCCUCUAAAUAAAAAUAUCGGCUGUUUCUCAAUACCAAGUAUGCAAAGUUUGGACUUGCGUCCUUGGAAGUUCAGAGCUGCCAAGUUCAGACUUGGAAGAAAGAACUACCGAGGACGCGAGGACACAAGUCGGGUACCUCUUCAGAUGGAACGGCAGUGUUCUUUAUAACGUCACUUAACUCACCAUGGAUUCAUCGGUUUCACUGUACAUUAACAAUUAAAUGAUUGAAUUAUAGAAAGCACGGUUUAUGCUGUGACGUCACACGGCAGAAUUAUAGAUUUUCUCUUAAGUGAAAUUUCUCGUUGUUCAUCACAUAUUGCUGGGGGGAAAAUAGUGUAUUGUGUUGGUUUCGGACAUGGUGUAAUGCUUUGAAAGUCACAUGUACAUAUUGCAGUCUUUUUCAUUUCUAUUUGUAUUUGUUUCUUAAUUUUUUUUUGUUAAAUCAAUGUUACACUGAAUUACCAAUGAUCAUGAAUGAACCAUAAUUAUGUUGGGAUUUCUCUACAAAUCUAUAAAUUUUCUGAUCAUAAAAUGUGCUCUUUCUAGCAUCUUGCAUGACAGCAAAAAUGAUUGAAAUAGUGCUUUCUGUCAAUUGCUUUGUUAAAAAUGCUUUCAUUAUUACCGACUCUGAGCAGCAUCAGAGGUGGAUUCACUUUUAAAUCCAUAAUAAAGUUUUUUUUUUAAGGA